AUGUCAAAUUCUUCAAAUGACUUCCUCAGUUAUUACGAAGAUCGUUUAACUGAUUACCAAAGAUUAAUAAGAAAAAAGAAUUUAUUUUCAGGUAUUACUGCAUGGUCAAACAAGGAUAUUCAAUUAUUAUUUGGUAGUUUCAACCAGUUUCAAUCGUUCUAUGAUUUGAAAGACUAUCGAGAAGCGAAAGAAAUUCAACAUCUUCUCAAAGAAGAAUUUGAAUUGAGCCUUCUUUCAGAUGACAACUACACCGAUGAUGAUGACGAGGAUGAUGAUGAUGAAGACGAUGACGAUGAUGAACCAUUCAAAUCUGCUAAAUCAUACUAUGUAUUUUUCGAAGUGAAGUUGUCUUUCCAUCAACAAAGACUCAGAUAUCAAAACAUUGAGAAUGGUCUACUCCCCUAUUCAAAUAGAGAUAUCGAUAUUGUUUUUGGAAGUUUCGCAAACUUUAUGAAUGCUUAUGGAUAUACAGAUUUUAGACAAGCCAAAUAUCUUCAAAAACUAUUAAAAGAAAAUUAUUUUAAUAGCCCUGACAGUGAUGAAGAAGAAGAUUAUGAUGAUGAAGAUGUGAAGUGGUCAGACUCUUUUAUUAAUAAAUGGUAUGGUAGUUUCAACAAUUUCAUGUUGAAAAAAGGAAUUACAAAGUACAAAACAGCAAAAGAACACCAAGCUCUUUUAAUGUUCUUUGAACUAAAAAAAUGA